UUCACCAACAAGAGCAUGCGCAGUUAGAAGAGAAACCACUUUGUUGUCUAGAACGAACCAAUCAAUUCAAGGCUUUUCAGGAAUUCCAAAUUAUCAGAUUUGGAGUUAGUACUGUUGGUAAAUGCAGGAACUGGAAUGACGGAAUGGACUUGUUAUUAACAGAAUAAGUAGAGUAGAAAAACAAUAGACGUUGUCAUAGCUUUUUACUAAACAAAAGACAACCAUGGGUAUGGAUGAAAUUAUCAUCACUAUAGCACCAAUUGCUAUUUUUGUAUGCCUACUUGCUUGUGUCAUAUAUUGUUGUUGCAAAUGUUGUAAAUGCUGCAAGGACUGUUGCUGUAAACAACCAACAACAGGAGCUAUAAUUAUUGACACUCAAGCUACCCAACCACUUUCACCACCUGUAAUACAGCAUGCACCUCCACCUGUGGAUGCACAGACACUUCUAGCUCAUCAACAAAUGUCGCCUCCACCUAGUUAUUAUCCACCACAGUCUCCACCACCACAAUAUCCAAUGGGCCCUGUACCUUAUCCUGCAAAUGCCACACAGCCACCCAUGAGUUACUAUCCACCACAUCCACCUCCUCAGCUACCACCAAUGGGUGGUCAGGCACCUUAUCCAGUGGUCAAUUACAACCCUCUUGUUCCUCCUCAUUGCCCAUUGCCUCCAAUACCUCAACAAACGGAAACGGCGGAAAGGCAACCUGAGUAUAAUCCUAAUUAUGUGCCAAGUGCUCCACUACCAUAAAUACUUUGAUGGCAUCUUCUUUUUUUUCUUUCGACUUUUUUUCUUUCUUCUUGGAUGUGGAAGCUGACUUUUUCAUGUGAUUUGUAUGAAUUUUGGUAUAUACUACAAUGUUUGCUAAGAUAGCAACAUUGUUAAGAAAAGUACAGAUUUGUAACUUGAAUUUAUUAAAAAGAGAUUAUGGGAUUAAUACAGGGAGAUUUCUAUAAAUGCAUUAAAAAAUUCACGUUUAAGUUGCUUUUUUGAUCUUAUUGCAAAUGUAUUUUAUUGUAUUAACAUUUCAUUUUCUUUCUAUUAUGAAAAAUAUUACAUUUUGAUUGACAGUUAAUCCUCUAUGUAGAAAAUCAUUUAAUAAUUCAAAAAUGAUUUUUUAAAUCUAAUGAAUAAUAUUUAAAAAAAUAUAUAAUAGGUUCACUGUAAUGCAAAAAAUAAUUCAUUUACGUAACUGUAAGAAAAUCUAGCUUCUUUAGAACUUGUGUUAAAUAUGUAACAUUAAUAAUAUAAUAGCAUAAGAAAUUACAAAGACCAAAUAUUUUUUUUAAAUGUAAUUCAAUUAUUGCUUUUGAGUUACUCAACUUUUUUAUUUGCUGCAAAAAAGAGAAAUAUUGCAUAUCAUUUAAUAUUAUUUUGCUCAAAUCUUAAAGCUAGUUGCCAUUUAUAUAAAUCAAAUUUAUUUAUCAGUUAUUUUCAAUUUACCAUUUAUUACAAAUUAUUAUUCUAAUUUAAACUGACGAUUUCAUGUUGUAGAUCUGCAAUUUUCUUUUAUGUUGCAAAGGUUAUCUUUAUUUAAAAGACUGAAUAUUUUAUCAUGUUUUUUUAUCUGUCACAUGAUAAAAUACUUGAUAAUUCAAAUAAACAUUGCAUUUCAAUGCUUAUUUGCUUGCAAUUCAAAUAAACAUUGUAUAUCUAGAAAACAGGUUGAAUAGAUAACAGACAAAAAUAAUGAAUCUCAUAUGUAUAUACUAGUUUUAAUAUUCUUCAUGAUUUUUUUAAAUUACUCUAAGUCAUAUUUACAUAUAAAAAAUAAAUAUCAGGAUUGCAUAAUAAAGUCAGUUUUUUUCCUUGAUAUAAAAAAUGGCAUAGUUAAAAUGAAAAUUGUUUAUUAGAGAAUCAUUUCUUCUAUUUAAAAAUAUGAUUAAUAACGAAUGCUAUUAAUCAGGAAUUAAAUCAUUGAAAUCUAUUGAAAAUAAUAAUUAUGAUAAUAAUGUGGAUAAUGCAUGCCAAAUUUUUGCAUUAUUAUUUUAUUAUAAAGAAUAAGGCAAAACUAAAUGUUUUAAAGCAUUAAAAAAAUUUAAAUUUAUUCGAACUUUAUAGGUAGACAAAGCUGUAUUUCGGACUUUAUAUCCAAUUUUUAGCAUUUAUUUUCACGUCAUUUCAUAAUAAAUCUUUGUAAAUUUUCCUUAUCAGUGUUUAAAUAUAUAAUAAAGAUGUAAUUUACAAGGUUUUUCCCCCCUUUUGUUCCUUGAAAGAAAUAAUUAUAAAUUAGUUCCUUUGUACAAAAGAUUUCUAUUAUAAUAUGUUAACCCUCGAAGUGGUUAAUUAUUUUGAUAUUUUAAUUUUACUCUUUUAAAAGUCAACUUUAAAUUGUCUAAACCAAUUUUUUGGCAUAUAAUCAAAAUUUUCAAAUUUGGAAAAAAUUUUUACCAUAUUUUAAAAAAAUGAUGAAUAACUGUGCUAGCUGAUUGAACAUACAGAACUGGCUCAGUGAAGGCAAAGAUAAAUUUGAUAUAUUUUUUAUAAGUUAAAAUUGAAUUAUGUUUAAUGUGAAAUUGUGCUAUGAUAGUUUUUAUUUCUUGACUGUUAAAAUAUUUCAUAAAUUUUUUGAUAGAGAAGGCAUGCCUUCUACGUGUAUUGUAUAUAAAGCUUUAUAAACAAAAUUAUAGAAUAAGGAAUUUUGAAUACAUUUUUCCUUUUUGAAAUUUUAUUUUAAAUAUUGUUUGAAUUGAUAAAAAAUUCCAAAAUUUCUUCAUUUUCGAAUUGAUGUCAUUAAAAAAUAGUCUGAUUUGUAUUAAAAAGCUAAAAUAGUUUAAACAAUUUUUUUUUUUGUGUGUGUGACCAAAAUUAUUUGAGUUUGACACAUACUUUUACUUGAUUUUGGAAUUAAUUUCAAAAUAUUAUUUUCAUGAUAUAAUUUCGGAGAAACCAAAUGAGUUUAUUUUCUUUAAUAGAAAAAGUUGUAGUUCAACUUAACAGGGUAAUAUUUGCAAAAGUAUUAUUUACAAUUUUAAAAAUCAUUUUCAUUUUUUCAUAGAGUACAAAUUGUACUUAUGUAUCUUUAUGAACGAAGUGAAAGAACUGCCAAUGAUUUUUUUGUGUCUUAUUUUUGUAUCCUUUUUAAUUUUGAGUCUUAAUAACUAAAGAAUUGUUAAUUCCUUUGCUUGCCUUAUUUAUAUAUAUAUAUUUAUAUUCUCAGUGGUUGUAAGGUCAUCAUAAUUUAGGUUUUAUAAAACAUUUUAUACUUAUGGUUUGAUCUUCCAUUUUUUUAAGAAUACAAUUUGUAAUUUUUUCUAAGCAGUUACUAUGAACAAACAUUCCAUGUGCUUGCUCAUGGGGUAUUAAAAUGCAAUAUUUUUACAUUUUGUAAAGGGAAGUUUGUCUUGAAUGUAAUCAAGGAUCGUCCAUUUGUUUCAAUGGAAUGGAAUGUAGUAUAGACUAUUGUUUAGUAAAAUGAAUGCAAUUUUUGAUGGAUAAACUGUAUUUUUAAUGAGGUUAUUUAUUUUUUAGUCCAAUAAAUGCAUUACUUCUGGACGAACUUGAAAUAAUUGUGUUGUUAAAUAUUGUAAAUAUUACAGAUCACAUGCCCUAUUUCUCUAAUGGCUACAUUAAGUGUCAGAUAAGUUUAGUUCAAUAUUGAGAAAGAUGUCUCAUGCAAUAUUAUUUUAGAAUAUAUAUUAGAUGCUUAGAUUAACUUAUUUAUGAAUCUCAACACACUGUAAAUAUGUAAGAUUUUGUUCCUAUAUAAGAUGUAUUUAAAAAUCACAGGUAAUGUAGUUUUUACAUCUAUUAUUGACCAGUAGCCUAUCUGUCAUGUAAGUCAGGGUUUCUGCUACUAUGGGUCAUAUCCUCACCUGGGAUCGCAAGCAUUUAUUUUUAAGACCUUUAGAACUUUAGCUCUAAGUGUUUUUUCCAGCUUUCCAAUAUAAUUAUAAUAGGGAAAAACUAUUAUGAAAGCAACAUUGAUUUAAGAUGCUUCGUUAAAUAAUCAUUGUCCCAUCUUUUUUUACAUUACACUUUAAAUUUUGAGAUCAUGAUAAAAAAUUGGAUUAAUAAAUAAAUAAAUAUCAAAUAAUAUUUUUAUUAUUUAAAAAUGAUAAUGGCUAAGAAGCCUUACUGCAUUCAAUUUCAAUAUAUUUAUGCAAUCUUGCAACAAAAAUAUUGACUACCAAUAAAUAACAGGAAUAGUUUGUCCAAAAGUGUUUUAAAACAAAGAUGAAGCUUCUCUCAUAUGCACAUUUAAAUAGCGUGUGGCUAUUAAUGCUCUAUUUUUGAAUUGUAUUUACAUAAAAAAUGUCUGCAGUUUUACCUAAGAAAUCUCAUGAAUUUUCAAUAAUAUCUAAGUGCUGCUGCCAUUGUUUUUCUCAUUGUUCAUAACAGUAGUACUGAAUAUCUGUGAUUUAUAUAAAGAUUUAUAGCUUUUAACAUAUCAACCUUUUAGCUGGCAAUAAAGAAUCUUUUGAAGUAUUUUAUAAUUAAAAUUUAAAAAAGCUUGAAAUGAUUAGCUUUUAGAUAUCAGCUUUAGGAAUUGUGUGAACAUAAUUUAUGUGUCUUGAUGAGAAAUAGCAGUGCUUCUGUUUUAUGUAUUUUUUUUUUUUUUUUUCAUUGAGCUGUGCUCUUAAUGUGUAUCAGUUGAGUCUGGUGUUUCAAUUAUUGUAAAUAUAUUCCUUUUUAUAUCUAUUUAGAAUUUUGUAAGAAUGCAUUUUAAGAAAUAAAUAUACUUUUCUCUGUC